CUUACGCCUGUCGAUUGUGUUGACUGUUGUGUUCGUGGUUUGUGUACCUUUACCUUAGUAAUUUGGUUUUUGGCUAUAUAUUGCAAACGGAGUUAAAAGAUUCUUUAAUACAUUGCAAUAACUUUAUUCCAUAUUUAUAAUUUCGUGUCCCAAAUCCUUAGACUGUGUUAUUCUUUUAACUAAAAAGUUAUUUACUAAAUUAGCGAUACAAACAAGCAAGCAAUAAUUAUACUUAUAACAUAACAUUUGUGGCCUAAACCAAAAUGUCUGAGAACACUGAAAAAGUUGAAAGUUCAUGUGAUGCACGGCGAAGAAUAUUAAACAUAGCUGUCUCAACGGUUCUCCUAGAAACUGGCUUUCAUGCUACGGAUAAAAUGUCUUUAGAAACACUCACAGAAAUUGUUCAGUGUUUUUUAACAGAAGUUGGUAAUUCAGCUAAAGGCUAUUGUGAACUCUCUGGAAGGGUGGAACCAGUCAUCGGCGAUGUCAUGAUGGCUAUUAUUAAUAUGGGUAUAAAUCUUCAAGGUAUAGAACAAUAUGCAGCUCGGCCAAACAGGCAUGUAAUUCAGCCUCCACAGCAAGUUCCAGUGCCACGCACACCAGCCAUGUUAUCUGCUGGGUCGAAGGCUAAGCCAGCACCUCAUAUACCAUUUCAUCUGCCACCGUUACCUGAUCCUCAUGCUUAUAUUAGAACACCUACACACAAGCAACCUGUGACCGAGUAUGAAGCAAUAAGAGAGAAAGCUGCUAACCAGAAGCGAGAUAUUGAAAGAGCAUUAACUAAGUUUUUGGCUAAAACCAGUGAGACACACAAUCUAUUCAACACUGACGAUAAUCAAGUAUUUCCUUUAAUAGCAUGCAAGCCAACUUUUCCAGCAUACUUGCCAUGUCUGUUGCCAACAGAUCAAGUAUUUGAUUUUGAUGAACUUGAGUACCACUUCCAAGUUGCUAACAGAACAGAAGACAUGCCUGCUGAUAAAAAAGAUCAAUCUGAUAAUGAAGGUGAAAAUGGAGGUGAUAAUGAAAAUGCAAAUAAUUCACAAUCUGAAAAUCAGGAUGCACCCCCUUCGUCAAGUCCGGAAAGAAAUAAAACUUGAAGAUAUUAAUUUGGUUUGUCAGAUAUACAUAGCUUUACCUAAUCAAAUAUAAUAAAAAAAAUUAUUACAACUA